UCGAGAUCGAAAUACAUCGUGUCCAUACUUCCAUCAAUAGACCCAAAUCCCACGAUAUCUUCAAGAUGUUAUCUCGGUCUCCUUCACCGGAGUAUUCACCUUUGGUGGUCGGAGAAGACCUUACACCUAUCCCUCAAUACAAAGCGGCUUCUACCACGAGCAUAGACUUCUCCAAUCUUCUUGAGAUACCCUUAAAGCUCCACGAGGACCUCACCUCCGGAUGCGGAGGACAACUAUGGCCUGCAGGAAUGGUUUUAGGGCAUCACAUGCUGCGCCAUCACAAGGACUCUUUAAGAAAUGCAAGAAUCCUUGAGCUUGGAUCUGGUGGAGGCCUUGUUGGCUUAGCUGUAGCUCUGAAGUUCCAGUUGGACCAACUAACCCUUAUCACGGACCAAGAGAAUAUGAUCGACCUCAUGCGCAAGAAUAUUGCACUAAACGAACUGGAGUCACGUGCCCACGAGCUCGUUCUGAAUUGGGGUGACCCACUGCCAUUAGAAGUAAUUAAGGGGAAGCCAAAUGUCAUAUUAGCUGCAGACUGUGUCUACUUUGAGCCAGCGUUUCCACUACUUUUACAGACUCUUGAAGAACUGCUCAAGCUGUGUAAUGAAGCGGUCAUUUACUUCUGCUUCAAGAAGCGGAGGAGGGCAGACAUGCAGUUCAUGAAGAAUGCUAGGAAGAAGUUUCUGGUGGAAGAAGUGGAAGAUGAGGACAGGGAAACGUUCUCGAGAGAAGGCUUGUUUCUGUAUACACUCAAACGAAAACAUUGAACAACAGUAUCUAAUUGCCAUUGAGGGAGAGGGAUGCUAUCGAGGAUCGGACUCACCUAAAUCUAACUGUGAAAC